GGUGAUGAGAAGCCCGUUGGAGAGGAGUAAACAGCAGAUGCAAAUAAGGAGGCCACUGCUAAAGAACCUGAAGAAAAGGAACCAGAAGAUAAGGAAAUGACUCUUGAAGAAUAUGAGAAGGUGCUAGAAGAGAAGAGGAAGGCCCUGCAGCCACUCAAGGCCGAGGAAAGAAAGGUGGAUACUAAAGUGUUUGAAUCCAUGCAGCAGAUCUCAAGCAAGAAGGGGAAUGAUGACAUCUUUAUUAAAUUGGGCUCUGAUAAGGAUAAGCGGAAAGAGGCUUCUGAGAAGGAUGAGAAAGCUAAAAAGUCUGUCAGCAUUAAUGAGUUCUUGAAGCCUGCUGAAGGGGAAAGGUACUACAGCCCAGGUGGUCGUGGGCGAGGGCGUGGUCGUGGUGCCAGAGGAUUCAGUAACAGAGAUGCAACGAGCAAUGUGGUAGCUCCUUCCAUAGAAGAUCCUGGGCAGUUCCCGACCUUGGGUGGCAAGUGAGACCUUUUAGAACCCCACAUUAGAUCUUCUUGGUUGACCAUUUGUGGGCUCUUUUUUCGUAAAUCUUGGCAGGAAGUUGACUACAAUAAUGUGAUUUCCUGAAUUUGAAAAAACAACUUCAUUUUAUGCUUUAAAAUGUAUAUUUCAGGUAUUUCAUUUGCUGCUCUCCCUGUAGUCACCUUUAAAUGGUAUGAUAUCAUUUUACUGUGUUGAGAA